AUGAUUGUCAUUAACAAUCCCAACAACCCUACCGGGGUACCCAUCCCGCGAGAUCUCAUCGAUAAGAUCGUGGACUUUGCCAGGGCUCGAGACAUCAUCGUGCUAUCUGACGAGGUCUACCGGCCUUUGUUCCACGACGGAAUAGAAAACAACCCGAAUAUGCCGCCAUCGGUGGCAGAUCUGGGCUACGAAAAGGCCAUUGUCACCGGAUCUCUGUCCAAAGCAUAUUCUUUAGCAGGCAUCCGAGUGGGCUGGAUUGCGUCAAGAGACAAGGCCAUCAUCGAGAGGCUUGCCGAGGCCCGCCACUACACCGCGAUUAGCGUUUCGCAGCUGGACGACCAGGUGGCAAGCUAUGCGCUGUCGCCGGCUGUGCGUGGCCCGCUGCUAAAGCGAAAUAUCGACAUGGCGAAGCGCAACGCCGGCAUGGUCAAGGCCUUCGUGGAGCAGCACAGCGCAAUCUGCUCGUGGGUGGCGCCAACCGCGGGAACAACGGCAUUUGUGCAGUUCCGCAGCGAGGGCAAGCCGGUGGACGACGUUGCCUUUUGCCGCGACGUGCUGGACAAGACCAAAGUCUUUUUCGUGCCCGGCUCCCACUGCUUUGGCCGGGGCGAGGACUUUGCGGGCUAUGUAAGAGUCGGCUUCGUUGGAUCCUCAGCCGUGCUGGCGGAAGCGCUGCAGAAACUCGCGGCCUAUGUUGGGCAGAAUCUGGGCCAGUAG